CUCAGCGCACACGAGGUAGCAUUAGGUUUUCUUUUGUUAGAGAACAGUGUGAAAACAGGUUUGGUGUUUUAGGUAAAUAUUUCCAUGUUUUCAGUGAAAAUGUCUUCAUUUCAGCCUCAGAGAGAGUUUAUCAACGAGAAGGAAACUCCUGCUGGAGAAACAUUGACAGAGUUGAAAGAAAUCAACGUCAAGACCGAAGAAGAGAUGGAGGAUCAGCGCAGACUGAUGGAUUUUACCAGGAUACCGAAGAUCAUCUUACACCGGAUAGAUCUCUCACAACAUUGUGUGUAUAAAGAGGAGGAGGUUAUCAAUGAAACAGAACCACAGAGGAACCAACUCAUCUCUCAUGGGUCUCCAGAAGCUGAGAACCAGGAUCAGGAAGGAAGCAAUUCUGAAGACCCAGGAAAAAAGAGAAAGAAAGAACAGAAACAAAAGGAGAAAUAUGAGAAAACCAAACAGCAGAAAGGCAGAACUGACACAGACAAACAAAAGCACAAGAAAGCUCACCAAGGGCAAAAAUUAUAUUGUAAAAUUUGUGAUGAAACCUUUUCUAAAAACAGAUACUUGACGAGACGCAUGAUAACUCACACAGGAGUAAAACCUUUCACAUAUUCAACCUGUGGAAAGAGUUACAGUGAAAGAAGAACUUUAACUCGGCACAUGCAAAUUCACACAUGUGAGAAGCCUUUUUCUUGUGGAAUCUGUGGAAAAGGUUUCUCUAAAAAANNNNAUUUAAAUGUUCACAUGAGAAUACACACAGGUGAAAAGCCUUUUUCUUGUGGGACCUGUGGAAAAAGUUUCUCCAACAAAAGUUAUUUAAAUGUUCACAUGAGAAUACACACAGGUGAGAAGCCUUACUUUUGUGGGACUUGUGGAAAGAGUUAUAACAGUAGAAGUAGGUUAACUCAUCAUAUGAGGACUCACGCAGACUAGAAGCCUUACGAACGAAACACCUCAGAUCCAUAUUGGCAUCAGAUCCAAAGGAAAAUCUGGUCGGAUGAUGUAAACAGCAAGUAGAAAAUUUUUAAGUCAACAGAUUGUUGCCGGUUGCUAGUUAUUCAGUGUUACUGUGUCUUUCAUGUGAGGCCUACUGAGGUCUACUUUUGCCUACCAGCUUGUUUUCCUUAAUCCAGUUUUUUGUUUUACUUCUCAGCCAUUUUUGUGCUUCAGAUCCCCAUCAGUAUCCCGUUAGAUACUGAACUUAAAGAGGGCCACACAUUCAGCAGAAUUCAUUUCUGUGCAUUUCAGUUUUCAUGGAGUUCUGUACCAUGUAGAAUAAUUGAGUUUAGCUUUUACAUUUUGAUGUUUCCAUGUAUGACUGAAUGUUAAAUACUUUACAUAUUAAAGCAGUGAAAUGUUCUUGUUUUUCCUUAAAUAGAACUAUGUAUGUUUGGGAAAAAAUCUCAAAAAUAAAAUUGAUCUGGUCAGAUUUUAAUUUAGUGCUAACCAGAGAAUUCUUUAUUUUCCCAAAUUUUUGUCAUUGGUAUGCUUUGCUAUGAGAAGCAAAAUAUAUUAUUAAAAAGGAAUGUUUAAAAAUUCAUCAGUAUUUUGAGCAGAAUGUAUUUUUUAAUAAAUGUUGAUUUGAGUCAA